AUGCAGGUAGACAACAGCAACAUAACUCAUAAAAUUGAUUCUCUCGUCCAAAAACUUGUGGGAAAAUUCCGAAGUUUAUAUGUUCCACCGGAAGUUAUCGUUGUAGACGAGUCGAUGAUUAAAUUUUACGGAAGAUUACGAAUAAAAACGUACAAUCCUUCUAAAGCCAGCUCUUAUGGUAUAAAAGUAUAUAAGCUCUGUACAGUAAACAGCUAUACAUGGUCUUACGAAAUUUAUGCGGGUGCCUCUAUUCAGUAUGAGGGGCUAGAUAAACCUGGAACUGUCGUUGGAAAAUUAUGCGAGCCACUUCUAGAUCAAGGACGAGUACUUAUUGCUGACAACUACUAUACCAGUGUUCCUUUGCCAAAAUACUUAAAAGAUCGUAAAACUGACUUAUGCGGAACUUUACGAAAAAAUCGAGUCGGAUUGCCAUUGAACGUUACCAAAUCGAAACUGAAAAAAGGACAAUGGGUCGCUAGACAAAAAGAUAACUAUAUUACCGUGUUGAAGUGGCAUGAUAAACGUGAUGUUCUCAUGAUAUCCACUUGUCAUGGGGACGAGAUGACCAGCGUGCGUACGAGAUUGGGUGAAACAUUGAAGCCAAAUGCCGUCAUCGAUUACAACGAUGCAAAGAAGGGCAUAGAUGUAGCAGACCAGCUUUCCUCAUAUCAUUCUCCGUUGCACAAAAGUCUGACUUGGUUCAAAAAAGUUGCUGUUGACUUGCUUUUUAGAGUAGCGGUGGUUAAUGCGAGAUGCAUAUACAACGAGUAUUCCACCGGGGCUCCACUUACCAUGCUAGAAGUCCAGGAGCAAAUUAUUCGACAUCUUCUUGGACCUUCUGCAAACGUAACCACACCAGCUCAUACAUGUAAAAGGAGAGUGUAA